GUAGAAAGAGACAGAGGAGUAGAAAAAGACAGAGGAGUAGAAAGAGACAGAGGAGUAGAAAGAGACAGAGGAGUAGAAAGAGACAGAGGAGUAGAAAGAGACAGAGGAGUAGACAGAGACAGAGGAGUAGAAAGAGACAGAGGAGUAGAAAGAGACAGAGGAGUAGAAAGAGACAGAGGAGUAGACAGAGACAGAGGAGUAGAAAGAGACAGAGGAGUAGAAAGAGACAGAGGAGUAGAAAGAGACAGAGGAGUAGAAAGAGACAGAGGAGUAGAAAGAGACAGAGGAGUAGACAGAGACAGAGGAGUAGAAAGAGACAGAGGAGUAGAAAGAGACAGAGGAGUAGAAAGAGACAGAGGAGUAGAAAGAGACAGAGGAGUAGACAGAGACGGAGGAGUAUACAGAGACAGAGGAGUAGAAAGAGACAGAGGAGUAGAAAGAGACAGAGGAGUAGACAGAGACAGAGCAGGAACCAUAGAUGUCUGUGACAGAGCGAGCAGGAUCACCAUGCACUGAGGAGGGGGACGACUUUAAUCAAGUCACCUGAAUACUGGAAUGACUGAAAGAACACAACACUCCAACAACUGAGAAUACUACAGUUCACUUGAGCCAAGACCUCCAACUGUCCUCCACUUCCUCAUCACUCUCCUCCAGGAUGUUCAACUCCUCCUCCUCUGCGUUCUGUCCUCUCCUCCAGACCAUGCUGGACCACUCUCUAAACAACAACACGGGGGUCAACCUGGUGGUGGUGUGGGUCCACGGCCUGGUCUCCUGUCUGGGUAUCCUGGAGAACGCUCUGGUCCUCUGGGUGGUCGGCUUCCGCCUGCGCCGCCGGACCGUGGCCUCUGUCUGGGUUCUCAACUUGGCCCUGUCAGACUUCCUGGCUACGCUGACCCUCCCUCUCUUUACACACUACCUGCACUCCUCACACAGCUGGGAGCUGGGAGGUCCGCUGUGUACGGCCCAGUCCUCAGUCUUCUUCCUCAACAUGUUUGUGUCAGCCUUCCUCCUGUCGGCCAUUUCUCUGGACCGCUGUCUCCUGGUGGCGCGGCCCGUCUGGAGUCAGAACCACCGCUCCAUCAGCGCCGCCUGGAAGGUGUGUGCUUUGGGCUGGUUGUGGGCAGCGGCCAACACCUUCCCUUACUUCCUGUUCCGGGCGGUGACGGAGAAGACGGACGGAAGGAAGCUCUGCUACCACCAUUUUGGAUUGUACUCGUCGCCAGGGAUGCUGGAGAGGGACUGUAGGGUACGGCAGGCGGCGACCGCCAUGUCCAAGACGCUCCUGGCGUUCCUACUCCCCCUAGUGGUGAUUGCAGGGAGCUACGCCCUCUUUGGCAUCAGUCUGAGCCAGAGGAGGAAGAGGAGGAAGGACAGCAGUAGUAGACUCACUGGGGCUUUGAUUGUUACCAACGUGGAACGUAGAGAGUCAAAACCCAACACAAACACCAAAAGCUCCACCCCCAACCCAAAAGGCUCCACCCCUACCUUCACCUCCGUCAAAUUGUCUUCUAGACGGACCGAGCCUGGCCUAUCCCGUGGCUUCACCAAAAUGGUGACAUCAGUCAUCGCGACGUUUGCCCUCUGCUGGGCGCCUUAUCACGUGUUCUGCCUCAUUGAGGUUGCUGCACAGUACUGGCCGACCAAGGUCGUGUUGGUGGAGGUGGGGUUGCCAAUAGCGACGACCUUUGCCUUCCUGAACCCGGUGUUAAACCCGGUGCUGUACGCGUUCAGCUGUCCCAACUUCUGCGUCCGGAUCAGACAGAGUCUGGGGGCGCUGAUGGAGGGACUGGUGGAGGAGGGAGGGAUGGGUGGAGUAGGAGAGGGGGGGCUGGGGUUGAGUAUCAGGAAGGGGUGGAGGAAGGGAAGGGGGAGCCUGGGAGGGAACUCAUUAUCGUCACCAAGCUGUCUGGGAACUCCAGGGCCUCCGCAUCUCCAGGUAGAUCCUCUGCCCUCCUCUGCCUCCAUCAACCACAACUUCAAAGCCAGUUGUGGAGACCUGGAGCAGGGAGAGGACCCUCUGAACUGACUAUAUACUGAGAAUGAGAAAAUGUUGUUGACAUCAACUGAGACAAAAAGAAUCACCUCUGUUGUUCUGCUGGCCUCCAGGAGUCCUUCCUGUGCUGUAUAUUACUACAUCCUGUCCUAUUGUUUAACUGUUCCUCAAUAACUGUCCGUGUUUAACUAGUUGUUUCUCUUUAACUGGAAUUCAAUUUUUUUGUGACCGUUUAUAGAAUAUUAAUAUGAUAACAAAAUGAUCUGGCACUUCACAAAGAGUUCAUUCUCUGACAUCGUUUUGGUGGACAUUGUGUGUGUGUUCUUGAAAGCAGUUGUCUAUCAAUAAAGAAAUCUAUCAAAA